AAAGACAGACAAUAAAUUGACUGGGGAUGCAGUCUUGUACUAUGCACUUUCUUUGCCAAAGGCAAACGCAGAACGUUUCAGAGCCAUGAGGAUGCUUCUGCAUUUGAGUUUGCUAGCUCUUGGAGCUGCCUACGUGUAUGCCAUCCCCACAGAAAUUCCCACAAGUGCAUUGGUGAAAGAGACCUUGGCACUGCUUUCUACUCAUCGGACUCUGCUGAUAGCCAAUGAGACUCUGAGGAUUCCUGUUCCUGUACAUAAAAAUCACCAACUGUGCACUGAAGAAAUCUUUCAGGGAAUAGGCACACUGGAGAGUCAAACUGUGCAAGGGGGUACUGUGGAAAGACUAUUCAAAAACUUGUCCUUAAUAAAGAAAUACAUUGACGGCCAAAAAAAAAAGUGUGGAGAAGAAAGACGGAGAGUAAACCAAUUCCUAGACUACCUGCAAGAGUUUCUUGGUGUAAUGAACACCGAGUGGAUAAUAGAAAGUUGAGACUAAACUGGUUUGUUGCAGCCAAAGAUUUUGGAGGAGAAGGACAUUUUACUGCAAUGAGAAUGAGGGCCAAGAAAGAGUCAGGCCUUAAUUUUCAGUAUAAUUUAACCUCAGAGGGAAAGUAAAUAUUUCAGGCGUACUGACACUUUGCCAGAAAGCAUAAAAUACUUAAAAUAUAUUUCAGAUAUCAGAAUCAUUGAAGUAUUUUCCUCCAGGCAAAAUUGAUAUACUUUUUUCUUAUUUAACUUAACAUUCUGUAAAAUGUCUGUUAACUUAAUAGUAUUUAUGAAAUGGUUAAGAAUUUGGUAAAUUAAUAUUUAUUUCAUGUUAUGUUGUGUUCUAAUAAA